AUGGCUGCCGCGGCGGCUGCACUUCUGGAUGAGUUAAUGGGUAGAAAUAGAAAUGCAGCUCCUCAUGAAAAAGGAAUUGAAUUAAAUUGGGAAGAUCCUGAGUAUUGUAAAUAUUACUUGGUCAGUUUUUGUCCACAUGAUUUAUUUGUCAACACAAGGGCUGAUUUGGGCCCAUGUUCAAAAGUACAUGAUGAUGAAGUUAAAAAAUUGUAUGAUGAAUCAACAAGUCAUAAAAAAUUUCAGUACCUUGAAGAUUUUAUACGCUUUUGUAACAAUAUAUUAAAUGAUGUUCAAAGAAAAAUAGAAAAAGGAAAGCAGAGGCUUGCUUUAAUGAAUAAUUCUGAAAAAGUUGCCAUGACUCCUGCCCAAGCUCAAAGAAAUCAAGAGCAAAUGUCUCUUUUAAAUGAAAAAAUCAAUAAAUUGGUCGAAGAAGCUGAAGCUGCAGGAAUUCAGGGAAAUGUAGAACAAGCACAAGGUCAUUGGCACAAACGGCCAGUCUGCAGCCGAACAGGAGAACAAAUGGAAGUUUGUCAAGUUUGUGGUGCAUUUUUAAUUGUUGGUGAUGCUCCUCAGAGAAUAGAUGAUCACUUGAUGGGUAAACAGCAUGUCGGUUAUGCGAAAUUAAAGUUGACUGUUGAAGAAAUGAUAAAAGAAAGAGAUAAAAUAAGGGAAGAAAGGGAAAAAAGAAGGGAAUCUGAUAAAAGGGAUAGGUUUAGUCGUCGAGAUGAUAGGCGAAGAAGCGGUAACGGAGAAAGAGAUAGGAGAGGUGAUAGGCAUGACAGGAGAUAUGAGCAUAGAAGAGAUGAUGACAGACAUAGAAGCGAUAGAGACAGAGAGAGGGAAAGAGAUCGUUAUUGGGAUAGAGAUGGAGAUAGAGAUCGUGAUAGAGAAAGAGAUAGGGAUAGGGAUAGAGAUCGUGAAAAAGACAGGGACAAAUAUAGAGACAGAGACAAAGAAAAAAGGAGGGAUAGAAGUCGAUCUAGGAGGGACGAACAUAAAGAAAGAAAGGAUAAAAAUAAAAAAAAUGAGAAAGAUGAUAGAGACAAAGAUCAUAAAUCUUACAGAUCCAAAUAUGAUGAUGAGAAAAUAUUAAAAAAGUGCAAAGAAUCUGAAAAGGAACAACAACUCAAUGGAGAUAAAUUUUAUUGA